GAUGGUACUACAAAGUGUUUAUAACAUCAACACAAGGACACACACAUUGUGUGUGAAUCAUGAAACCAUCUCUGAGCUGUCAAUCAAUCAGUGUAUUCGUCUCACAUCAGUUUGUCUCUUAGUCUCUAACAAGGUGAGACGUCCUCUGUUCAGGUGAAGAAGGUAGACACCUCAGAGACACAUGUGAGGACCCGUCUCCAGGACGGACACUGGUGUGAUAGAUGUCCCCUGUAAUGUGUGUGUCCGUGUGGGGGGUGCGUGCAGGGCUGUGGCUCGGUGUGGAGUGGGAGGAGCCCAGCAGAGGGAAACACGACGGCAGCCAUGAUGGAGUCCACUACUUCACGUGCAGAGACGCUACAGGCGGCUCCUUCGUCCGUCCAGCCAAGGUGAGCUUCGGCCUGGACUACCUGACGGCCGUGCGCCUGGCGUACGACACGGACACAGACGCACCGCUGAGUGACACGGUGUCCGCCAUGUUCAAGGACAAGCCCAUCGAGGAGCGCAGUUUUCAGAGUCUGACGUCAGCGCUGCUGGGAGAGCGUCAGGUGAACGGACCCGGAAGAGACGGAGACAUCAGGAGAACAACUCCCAACAUCAAGUGGUUGGACAUGUCCCGCAGUCUGUUGUCCAGCUGGGAGGACGUGUCCAGCAUCACUGAGCAGCUGGAGGGACUGGAGGUUCUCCAGCUCAGCUACAACACUCUGCGUUUGACCUCCGACCCCUCGUCUCUGAGUCGCUCGUUCUUCAGCCUCAAAGUUCUCAGUCUGAUCAGAUGUGACCUCACCUGGCCACAGAUCCUGGAGUGCGCCCCCAUGUGGCCACAGCUGGAGGAUCUCUGUGUGGAAGACAACAACAUCACAGAGCUGCAGAGGCCGGAGGGCGUCCUGCAGAACGUGUCCAACCUCAGUCUGUCCCGAAACCCCUUAGUGCAGGAGACGGUGGUGAACCUCUCUGCUCUGCCCAGGCUGCAGCAGCUGACCUUGAGUCAGUGUGGACUGUCCCUCAUCAGGUUCACUGACACAGCUCCUGGUUCACAAACCGACAAGUUUCCAGAACUGAGGGAAGUGAAUCUGAGUGACAACAACAUCACGGAGUGGUGUGUGGUGGACGAGCUGGCGAAACUUAGCAGCUUGAUGAAGUUGUCGUGUCGUGGGAACCGUCUGACGAGUAGUGAUGGGAACCGGAAAACAGCUGAUCAGAUUCUGAUCGCCAAACUGGGACAACUGGUCACGCUCAACAACUGCCAAAUACACCCUGAGGAGAGGAGGGGGGCGGAGCUGGACUACAUCAAGAUGUUUGGAGGGGAGUGGCUGAAGACGGGGGGGCGGAGUCAGACCAGUGACCAGUUCACACUUCAACAUCCGAGAUACCAGAGCCUUAUUGACAAGUACGGAGCUCCGGACGAAGGAGAACUGACGAAGCCGAAGUCGUUUGCUCUGAAGAAUCAACUGUUAAAGAUCACGUUCCUGUUUCCUGAUGACGCAGAGCGGGCGCCCAUCCACAAGACUGUCCCAGCCUCCAUGCUGGUUCAGAAGGUGAAGGGUCUCCUGCAGAGACUGUUGAAGGUUCCUGUUGCAGAUCUGAAGCUCACUUACUGCACUCCCAAGAAGCUCGGGACGGAGUUUGAGCUCGACAGCGACACAAAGACUCUACAGUUUUACACCAUAGAGGAGGGAGACCAGGUCCUGGUCCGCUGGUCCUGACACAGACCAGGACCUGGACCUGGACCUGGACCAGGACCAGGACCAGGACCUGGAGCAGUGAUCCACAGCAAAGCAGAAGCUUCCAGGACUGCACCUGAUCCAGAAUGACACUUGGCUCCGCUUCACUUGCUUUUCCAACCCUCACAGUCACUGAGUGAAACUCACAUUAACACGGGGGGGGGGGGGGGUUCCUUCAUCGCUUGGAGACGCUGGACUCCGGUUCAGACGUCAACCCACAGAGACACGUUAGCAUCAGAUGAAUAAAGUGUUUCAAAAAGUGCUGUUGUUGUGUCAGUUCUUUUCUAAUGAGCCACAGAUCUCUGAAAGUGAAUCUUCGGCUCUGACUAUCACCUGGACGCCAGACUGAGAGCCGCCUGUUGUCUGUGUUCAAACAUUCAUUUAAUUAAAGUUUAAAAGAAUUCAAAUGUUCAGAUGUUCACGUCCAUAACUGAGGGUUGUUUUCCACAUUUGUUUAUUAUUUAUGAAAUGUUUGAUAUUUCUACAUGUUUAUAUUCCAUUUCUGUGGCAUUUUUUAUUACAUUGGAAUUCAUUUUCAAUCAUACAGUGACAAUCGUAUAUUUCUGUAUGUGCUGACAUCACAUUGUUUGUCUUGAAUCAAGAGUUUGCUCCUCGAUAAGAAAACACGAGACUUCUGUUUUAACGUGUUUUUAAUAAACAAAAGUUUGUGAUUCUUACAAACGUCGUCAGAAUCACGAGUUUUACAACAAGA